UCCCUGUUGCAUAGAAAUUGUCCAAGUGAAAUGGAAUCUCAGCAUUUAGAACCAGCAUCCUUUGAGAGUCUCUCAUCCUUCCUUCAAUGGGCAGAUGAGAAAGCAGAAGCCCAGAGAAAGCUGCGUGCCAAGAUGUGGGCACUGGCAGCAAGGUCUGAUUGGACUCAGUCUGGUGGUGCCAUGCUCAGCACUGCUUCUCCAUCUCUGUGACAUGGUGCAAUCAUGCCUGAUGUCAGCACUGGUUACUUAAUUGGUUUCAUGUCUAUUCAUUUCUUUACCCCAUGAUGAAUUUCAGUUAGGUUAACACUAUGUGGCUUUCUUGUAGGCUGGCCUCCACACUCAUCCUUUUAAUUGUGAAAUCCUCAGCACACUCUUGGACCACUUCUUCGGAAACCUUUUAGACCAGCAGCAAGUCAUUCGCUGUGAUCCUGUUCAGCAUAGCCACAUUUGAGUUUUCCAAGUCUAAAGAGAACUGGUUUUGGUUUUCCCAUGAAGCUGCAUCAUUGUCUGUCCAUCUUACUGGUGGUCACUCUUGUGCCAGCUGUUCUGGUUUUGGAAGAUGUGGCCCCGUUGGGAACAAAUCAGAGUUCCUACAAUGCAUCAUUUCUCCCAAGCUUUGAACUCUCAGCAGGUUCCUACUCUGGUGAUGAUGUCAUCAUAGCCAAAGAGGGAACAAAUGUUUCCCUGGAGUGUCUUCUCACAAUGGAUCAGUAUGGAGAUGUCUACUGGUACAACUCAAAAGGACGGCGGCUACAUGGCAGAGGUGAAAAAUGGUUGGUUUCUGAUAACCACCUAAAUAUCACCAAUGUAGCCUUUGAUGACCGUGGGCUCUAUACGUGUAUCGUCACUUCUCCAACUCGUGCCUCCUACUCAGUCACCCUCCGAGUGAUCUUCACCUCUGGAGACAUGAGUGUCUACUAUAUGGUUGUCUGCCUGAUCGCCUUCACAAUCACACUCAUCCUGAAUGUCACUCGGCUAUGCCUGAUGAGCACCCAUCUCCGAAAGACGGAGAAGGCCAUCAAUGAGUUCUUUAGGACUGAGGGGGCUGAAAAACUCCAGAAGGCCUUUGAGAUAGCAAAGCGCAUCCCCAUCAUCACCUCAGCCAAAACCCUGGAGCUUGCCAAGGUCACCCAGUUUAAGACUAUGGAGUUCGCCCGCUACAUUGAAGAACUGGCCAGAAGUAUCCCUCUCCCACCCCUUAUUCUGAACUGCCGGGCCUUUGUUGAGGAAAUGUUUGAGGCUGUGCGAGUAGAUGACCCUGAUGACUUGGGAGAGAGAAUUAAGGAGAGACCUGCCUUGGAUGCUCAAGGUAGCAUCUAUGUGAUUAACCCAGAGCUGGGCCGCAGUAACUCACCUGGUGGAGAUUCGGAUGAUGGCUCUCUAAGUGAGCAAGGCCAGGAGAUAGCAGUCCAGGUGUCCGUCCACCUUCAGUCAGAGACUAAAAGUAUUGGGACAGAUUCUCAAGACAGCAGUCACUUCAGCACAUCUGAUGACCCUGCGCCAGCUGAGGGCAGCACUCACCACAGAGACCGAGCCUGUGACAAUUGACAGCCUGCCCAGUGCUCAGGAAAAGAGCCUGCUAUGAGGACAUAAGAUUAUUACAAGAUGGCCAGGGUCUUCUGUUUAACCUUAAGCACAUCAGGCCAUGAUUUGCCAAAGUCCUUGUGACAAGACAACAUUUUUCUGAUAUUUGGUCAUUUUCUUUAAGGUUGCUGGUGUGAUGUGUGCUAAGAUUGAAAAGCACCUAAGCUGUGAGACUUCUUUUCUGGUCACAGUUUUUUUCUUUGGCUCAUGUGUGACACCUUGAAGCCCCGGUUUCCCCAUCAGUGAAAUGAGGGAUUUGUUCUCAGUGAGUUGUAUCUGGCCCAGCACUUCUUACCUGUCUCACCUCUAAGUCAGCCUUUCACUAGACCUUUGGUCCCUCUUUUGAGACUUUAUUCUGCACUCUAGUUGUCUUCACCAGUGCCACACAGGGAGAUGCUCUGCCCUGGAGAAUGAACAGUGAACAUGUGACUACAAGUGCUGUGGCAGGCAGAUCUUUUCAUUGAGGCACCACUGUGUUACACAGAUCAAAAGAGUAAAUUGCCAUAAGAAAACCACUCUCACUGGGUGUGAUAGCAUGCGCCUUUAAUCUCAGCACAUGGGGAGACAGAAACGAGCAGAUCCCUGAGUUCGAGAGCAGCCUGACCUAUGGAACAAGUUCCAGUACAGCUAGGGCUACACAGAAAAACCCUGUCUUGAAAAACUCAAGGGAAAAAAAAAGAAGAAGAAAAGAAAAACCAGUCUCCGUGAGAAAUGUGUCCUCCUUGGGAGUACAUCCUGUCUUUUUAGCUUACCAAGACCUUUAGUCCAGCAAGGCUGGCCUUGACACCCCCAAAGAAUGUUUUCUGUGUUUUGUGAGCAAGAAUGAUGUCAAGUCAUCUCUUUCAAAUCAUCAGUUUUGAUACUUUUUAAUAAUGUCUCAGGCUUCCUCUUCUUGAAAGUACUGAAUUCCCAGGUAGGCUCUGUUUGGGUCCAGAACUGCAGAAUCCACUUGAGAGCAAGCCCAGCAACAUACUGCCCUCUGUGGUCCUUAUUCUGGUGCUAAAGGUGAUACACCUCUUCUUGUCUUGUUGAGACUCUUCAUUGCUGGUAGUUUUGUUCUUCAGAGGCAUCCUUUUGAGUGAGGGCUGCAUUUGCAGCCUUUCUGAAGCACUUGCCUGAAAUCAGAUAUGAUCACUGUGUUCAGUGAGUUAUUGUAUUAAAACAGACAAUCCAGAUAUAAGGAGGGAAAUGGCAGGUAGUGCCAAGCCCCUGCC